UGUUUUGAAGCUGCUGGCAGGAAAGCGGGGAGGAGAAAAUUACCUAAGUGAUAGUGAGGUUGCCACGAACUCUAUAAAAGUGGGAAAUCAAAGCCCAGAAACUCCACCUCGCAGUCCUGAAGCAGCACAAGCACAACCCCUGAAGAGAAACCCACCCCAGCAGCGAGUGAUCUCAAAGGCUUGAACUCCAACCAAGCUGCAUGAGCUCAGAGCUGCUGCGGGACUGAGCAGCCCGGGCCGGAUCCCCGGGAGCUGCCCCGGAGCAGGGAAAGGCUUUGGGAAUUCCAGCCAUGAAGGGGAGGCAGCUCCUCUGCAUCUUCUGCCUGCUGGAGCUGGCUGGCUGCACUGCAGGGACCAGCACGGCCACCCCCAGCCUGGCAGAGGGGGACAGCAGCAGAGGGACAGCCAGCACUGCCAGCACUGCCAGCACAGCCUCGGGGGACACCAGCAGCACCAAACCAACCUCUGCUGCAGCCACAGCCAGCCCUGUGCCCACCACGACAUCACCAGAGCUCCUUGGCCAGCUGAACACCAGCCCCCAGCCCAGCCCUGCCUCCACAUCACUGCCAGGCUCCUCCCUGGGGAGCUCGGGGGUCCCCACGAGCCAGAGCCCCCCGACCCAGCCCGAGGACAGGGCACAAACCUCGGGCACCCCCAGCUCUGCGGCCACCUCGGAGCAUCCUGCUGGCCCUGCUGCCCCCACAGCCCUGGGCACAGCCAGGAGCAGCCCCCAGCCUGCCAUCAGCUGCCACAGUGCCAGGGACCAGGGUGACACCGGGGCCAUCUGCCUGCAGCUCAACGAGUCCAGCACCUGCGAACAUUUCCUGGAGAGGAAGGGAUUGGAGUUAUGGCAAGCACUGUGUGAAAACAGAACCCAGACCAUGGAGUCCCCCUGUGAGAUCAAGCUCACUCCAUCCAGCCUGGACAGGGACUGUUUGCUCCUCAUCCUCAAAGGAGAGAAAGAUCCUGACAAACUUCUGAACACGCUCCAGAAGUCUCACUGGGAAAAGUUUGGAAUAGAAUCCCUUAAAAAGGAGAGCCCGAGGAGCCGGCGGGACUCUUCCCAGAGGACGCUGAUCGCGCUGGUGACAUCGGGGCUGCUGCUGGCGCUGCUGGGGCUGGCCGGCUGCUUCCUGAUGCGGCGGCGCAGCUGGAGCCCCGCGGGACAGAGGCUGGCUGAAGACCCCUAUGACACGGAGAACGGCAGCCAGGGGAACACCAUGCUGAUGUCGCCCUCCCAGGAGCCGGCCGAGGUGCAGGAGAAGCCCAACCUGCCCAACGUGAACGGGACGGGCGCCCAGGAGAACGGGACGGGCCAGAACGGCCGCUCGGGCCGGCAGCCCCGCCCCGCCGACAGCCAGAUGUGACCGCGCCCGGAGCGCGGGGCGAGCCCCGCACACACCGGGCACUGCAGACCUUCUGUACCGCCACUGUCCUCUCCGGGAAGGACUCCAAAAUCAGCCCAAAGCACACGGAGGGACAGAGCUGCCAAAGAGCAGCUCCUCCUCCUCCUCCUCCUCCUCCUCCUCCUCCUCCUGCUCCUCCUCCUCCUGCUGACCACACGGGACAGUUUUUUGCAGCUGUUCUCUGCUGUUGUUGUCAGAAGAACACCAGGACAGAUGCCAGUGGCCUUUGCCCUCCCCAGCUUUCAGGCAGAGGCAGAGUUUGGCUCCAGGCAGCCCAGAUUUCUGGUAGCAAUAUGUUAGGCUGACCAAAGUAGUUAAAUUGGGAUUGCAGUGACAAAAGCCUCUCAGGUUUCAGAUAGUUUUGGUUAACAGAGUUGUUUAUAAUCUCAUCUUUAUGUUUAAGUGCAGGAUUUCUUCCUCUUCUGAGGCCAUCAGGCAUUUAACCCCUUCCUGUCUUUAGGGCUCCUUUAUUUCCUACUCCAGCAGAAUUUGCUGAAGCUGUGUGUAAAACUUUCCACAUGGAAUUGAAGGCUGAAAUGUCAACUUCUUUCUCUUUGAAUCCCACCAGGACUGUGUCCUGAAGGUUUUUUAAGAGGGAAAAACCCUCCCCAGCCUCCUCCUGCCAGGGGCUGGGGGCUGUGACAGGCAGAGCAAGCAAUUUAUCCCUUGAGUGAGAUGAGAACCCUGGGCAGGGCUGGGGGCUCUGUGGGUGCCUGGGGCUGGGCACUCUCCUGCUGGCACCUGGGGCAGGAAUUUGGGCAGGAGAGGUGCCAAAGGGCUCCCAGAGGGAGGAGUGGGGGGCAAACCCAGCUGUGCCAAGGGCAGAGUUCCUGUCCCUGCACAGCAGCAGGGCCAGGGACACAGAGCAGGGUUUCACUGUGGGAGCAGGAGCAGUCAGAGCCCUCUCUGUGCUGAUCCUGCUCCCAAGGGAAGCUCUGCUGGAGCCACAUCGAGUUCCUGGCACCUCAGUGGGACCCGGGGCAGGUUUGUUCCCCAUCCCAAGCACAUUUUCAGGGAGCCAAAGCCCUGAUUGUGCCAGCCCAGGAGGGGUGGUGGUUCAACAGCAGCACCAGCAGCGACCUCCACCCCCCAAAUCAGCCCCAAAAAGGCCCUUGGAGCUGAUCUACCCUUUCACGAGUGAAUUCAUCCCAACCUUCUCUCAGUGCUGAACACCGAGGGAGGGUUUUUUCUGGUACAGUGCUCAAAGCAAUGACAGCAGCAUCCAUCACCACCUGGGGCUGGUUUUUUGUGGGUGCAAGAGUCGCUUAAACACAAUUAAAACAUUCCAGGCUGUUUGCUUUGGUGUGAA